GAGUCACUGCGUGUCUGGCUAGUACACCGGACUUGGACUUGCUUGUUUAAUUUCUAUUACAGUUUAUCGUAUCACUCGGAAAAACACAGCAGAGUUUUUUCUUCAUCAUCUAUGUGUGUGCAACCUUUUCCAUGGGGACCCACUUUAAGUGAAUUGAUUCAUGUUUAAAGCAACAGGAGGCAGCGUUGAAGUGACAUUUGGUUUACAAGGCUCGGAUUAUGAACCUUUCUCCUGUUACACCGUGUGCCUAGUGAUUGCAUCAACAAGUUUGCAUGUAAAGAAUGAACAACCCCCCAACUUCUUCUAAUAAUGGGAUUGCUAUUCCUGAUUUGCACAGAGCUAAACUAUGACUAUAUUUAUCUAGAGGCAGACAGUCUGUGGCAGAGGAUAUAUCGGACCGUUUAAAAUAGAUACUGAACUCUUGGUGUCAAUUUAAGAUGGUUCCAACCGAGAGCUGAAUUAUGCUGUUGAAAUUGCAUUUGAGAAAUAGUUUUGCAGGUGCUAAUUUAUGUGCAGCUCAAGAGCGUUUGCCUCUGAAGAGCCAGUGCAUGCCAAUGUCCUGAAGGUAAAAGCAAGGAUAAUUGGUGAGUGUUCGGUAAUACAUAGUGAAGUAUCACGGAUCAAAAUGGAGGAAGCCUCUGGAAAUCAAUAUUCGAAUGGAGAUGAUGCUGGAAGCCCCGAAUCCAUGGAGUUACCCAUUGCUGAGCCUGACCUGCACCGAAUGUACCUGUCUUGUUUACCUGACCGCUACAUGAAGGCAAAAAUGAGCUUGGCAGCCUACCUCAUUGAUUGGGCCAUUGCAUUACUUUGCAAGAGAGCACUGGAUAGAAACACAGUUAUCCAGCACCAGGUUUCAGAAUCCAUAGAAGGCCUUUCUGAUCCAUGUGAAUUUGAAGGGGAAGACGGUUCAGAGGAAGAAUCUCCAGCUCCAAGCCAAGUUUCUCUUGGUGCACUGCGUGGAUCAAAUAAAAGUGUCUUAGAAACACCGACAUUGGAACCUGCUGGAACAUAUUCAGAGAUAACAGUGACAGGUCCUGACUUAAAAUUAGAAACAACCAGUGUUCAUACUGAUGAUUUGGAAAGGCUAAUUGAUAUAUUCACAGAACCACAGCUCAGUACUAGUUCCUCUGAUACAUUGCAACUGCAUGCAACCCAAGUAAGGACUUCUACAACUUCCUUCUGCAGUGAUUCUGAUCCGCAAAGUCUAUCCUCCAAUUCACAGGUGAGAAAUGAAGCCGCACUAGGUGCAGAAUUAGAGCAAAGUGACAUUUCAGAAGAGAUAUCUGUGGCCAAGUUUAGCAGUUGUUCCAGCGUAUGCCCUGAGCAAUGUAUUGCCCAUUCAAGAGUUAGUCAUCCUGUUGACGCAGACCCUAAACCAAGUGAUCAAUCCUCAGAAGCUGAGGCAGAGGCAAGGGAAUUUUUCCUUCUAUCAAAACCACUGGGAACUGAGCUUUCUGAUGAAUUUCAUUUGGAAAAAGGCACUAUUUCUUUAGAAACAACAACACAACACAAUGUAGUAACUUCUAGAUCAGGAACACCAUUAAACAUUGCUUUUGAUGGACACACAAGUAACUGUUGUCCUGAGUUGAAAUGGGACUCUAAUACGAAUUCUCCGCAUACUCAAGAACAGAUUUUGAUUCCCCCAGAAACAAAAGCAUUAUUAAGUGGGAUUUCUUUGGACAUUAAUAUACAGCCAAGUGUGCUUUCAUCAGAAGCAACGGAGCCAGCAAGGAUUUUCCCAGAUAAACAAUCUGAACCUGCUGCAAUUUGUCUUGGGAUACAUCAGACUUCCAACGGAAUUAAACCAGAUCAAAGUAAAAGCCCUCUGGCAGAAGAAGACUGGCCUUCUUUGAAUGAGGAACAGGUUUUAAGUGAAAUCCCCUCAGAGAUAAAUCAAGAUCCCACUCCUGAUGCAAAGAAGAUUCCACCAGUAUUUGUCACAGAAUCCAAGCCAAAUCAGGCUCCACUGGGUGUGAAUGAAUUCAGGAGUGAAAUUCCAGUUGAAGUAGAAUCAGAUAUCGUUGGAGCCAUCCCAGACUUUGAAUCUAACCCAAUCUGGCUUUCUGAGCAAACAAAUCAAGAUUCAAGUGAAAUUCUUUUUGACAUUGAAUCACAUGUCCCCACUAUUGAGACAAACAAAAUUUGUGGUGAAAUUAUAUCAGAAUCAAUCUGGGCCUUGCUCCACACAGACCAAGAUUUAAGUGAAUUUUCCCCUGAAGUUGAAUCUGAUUCCACAAAAAAAAUUCCCGAAACAGAUUAUAGUUUUGCUGGACUUAAAUCAGAACCAGUCUCGACUUCUGUGGAUUCAGAGCAAGACAUAAAUGAAACCCCAUUUAAAACUGAACCACAUUGCACGGUGGUCAGUGCAGAGGCAAAUGUAGCUUCUGCUGGGCUCAUUUCAGAUUCAGAACCAGUCUGGGUUUCCCAGGAUACCGACCAAGAACUAAGUGAAACACCUUUUGAAACAGAACGGGACUGCUCUGAGACUUAUCCUGGCAUACAAUCAAAAAUAAGUAAAGCCUCAGACCUGGUAAAUUUAGAGGAAAAUAGUUUGUCUGAUUUAGGUGUUAGUUGUCCAAAGAUAGAAACAAGCAGGACCGCUCAUGAAUCUAAAUCAGAAGCAGCUUUAGCUCUAAUUUGUCCAGAGAGUGAAUUAGAACUUUUUGAGGUUUGUGCUGUAAUUCAACAAGACAUCAAUGGAACAAAUACCAUAGCAAACCUGAAGCCAAGUCCAGAAACCUCUCACCGACUGGGAUUUGUUGUUGAAAGCCAAUUAGAACAAACUGCGUUUUCUCGGGAGUCAGAAGGAUUUACAGAUAUAAGUGAAACCCCUGAAACUGAGGCAAGCAACAAUGAAGUAUAUGACGACAAAAUUUCUGAAAGCGUAAAUGUGGGCAUAAGUGACAUUACUGCUGAAAGAAGUUCAGCUUGUUGUAAUUCACUUGGACCGCAGUCUGGAGAAAUUACUUGUGCAAUUCUUUCAGCUUGGCCAGAAACUGAGCAAAUUUCUUUUGAAGAGGGUUUACUCAAAAAGAACACUAGAGUUGAACUGGAAUUAGCAAGCUCUCCCAUUGAAAUUGAUUUUGAAAGAACUGGUGUAGAUUCCCUCGGGACAGGAUCUGGGACUAAUGAAGAAACAAUAGCUGCACUAAAAACAUCAAAAGGUAAUUUCACAGAAAAGCAUGUUGAAGAUUCUGAAGAGGCUGAAUUGAAACUUACUCAGAUUUUCUCACCAACUCAAACUGAAUCACACAGGGCUAUUUUGGAGGAAAAGCAAAGGGAAAUCAAUGACUUACCAUUACCUAGAGGGCACCAACAUGAGGAUUUUGACAGUGAUUUUGAGACACAUCUGUCAAGUCUGAGGAAUACUGAAAUACUAGUUUCAGGGGACACCUAUUCACACUCUGAUCCAGUGGCUGGAGGUAUAGAAACGCCUGAAGUUGACCUUCAGAAAGACAGGCAAACAAAUCAAUUUUCAGCUAAUGCAAAGACAGAUUCAAAAGAAAGUCCUCUUGACACAAGACCAGAGGGUGAAGCCCCCAUUGCUGAGACAGCAACUGAGGUUUACAUUGAAAGGACAAUAGGAGCAAGUGAAAUCUAUCCUACAGCGACUGGUGUCAGAAGGGAAAAUGGUAUCGAACUCACUGGUAAGGAAAGUGCAUGUACAUUUGAGUUGAUCGUGCAGUCUGUUAAACACAGCACUGGAGAAGGACCAGAAAAUGAUAAUUUGUAUUCAGCAUUUGAAGCAACCACAAGACAAAAUGUAAAUAUAAGCAAUAUCUCAGCUGAAGAAAACACAGGAGUGGGUGAUAUUCCUGAUCAAACUAGCAUAGAACCGAAUGAGGCAUGUGUUGCUUCAAAGGCUGAACCAAUGAACAUAUUUGUUGACGGAUUGUCAAUAUCAGAUAUCACUGACUCCUUAGAAUUGAUUAGUGCAACUGAGGUAAUUGAAAAGGAGAUAACUGAUGCUGAAUUAGAGCGAGCAAGUUUUUUUGUUGAGGAAGGAUCCUGGAUCAAUUUGGAAAAUGAUCCCAUCUGCUUUCAUGAUGUUGAGUCAAAGCCAACUGAUCUUCUGUUCGAAGCAAAAUUAGAAGACACUGGAAUGGUAAGCACUCAUCUGCACAGAACAUAUAUAGGCUCAUCUGCAGAGGUAGAUACUCUGCAGGAUAAAGACACUGACAUUAUGAAUUAUGACAUGAUACUAGAUGAGCAUCCGGCCCAUUGCAAACACGGCAGCCAAGAGACAAUUAAAUUAGAUGGUGAACCCGGUGAUGUUCCUCCAAUUAUUUAUGAUACUGACGGGAACAGUACAACUAGUGAGGAACUAGAGGAAAGGACUUACCCAUUUGGCAGUAACAGCAGCUUACAAAAAGCAUUGCAGAGACAAACAAACACGAAAGGAGAAGAACGGUUUGGAUCAUUGUCCUCUUUAAACACCUUCACCACUUCUUUGAAAAACUCUAAAUUUUCAGUUUUUACCAAAAUGGCAUCAUUUAAGAAAAACAAAUCCUUGUCACAGGAGCAUCAAACGGAAAGUAGCUGCAGAGAUGGGAACAAGAGGCUACAAACGAGAGAUGGGAAUGAGAGUAAAACACAAAGCAAGAGCAAUGCAAUUUCUAUUCCAGGGUAUAGAGUACAUAAUCCAAAUUAUAAAAUCCAUCUGCCUCACCAGGUAAGGGGUAGCACCAGGCGUGAAUAUCCAACUUUGGAUGGUUCAGACGAAGAUGAUGAUGUUUUUGAAAGUUGCAGUCAAUUGAACCAAAGUGUGAAUCGAGGGUUUAGCUCUGAUGCACGACAGGAUGUGGGAGAUAUGGAAGAGGAUCAGAGAGUGGCCGAAAAUGGUCAUCAUUUCCAUAGAAGAAGCACAGACUCGAUGGAGGGAGAAGACAUUAAUAUAGAGGAUCAAAACACCAAGAUACAAUCUGCGACAGAUAACAGUUGCAAAAAGAGCGGAAGUGCCGAUAGCCUUAAUCUUAGAAUGAAGCGGGCUUUUGCCAAUAAAUCUCUUUCCAUUUUCUUUGAAUCAAAAUCUGGAGACAAAGAAAAUGCCAAUCAGAAUGCAAAAUCUCAGAAGAAAAUUGAUGGUGAAGAUGGCAAAGCAAGACACAUGUCCUGGAAAAGGUUCAUGAGGUUAAGUGAAUCGGAGUCGACAAAGGGAUCGAACGCAUUAAGCAGUUCAAGUACAAGCAGCGGGGAAAGUCAACUCAUACGGACCCAUUCGCUGGUGCACAGUGAAUAUGCAAGACGGAUCUCAAUAGAACAGGUCGACAAUGCCUCACUUUUAGCACUCUCGUCAUCCUCACCCUCUCGGAGGUCAAGCAAACCUCAGCUUUCUAACUGCUCUCUUGACUCAGAUCAUGUACCGAAAAUGGUAGAGCAAAGAGCAAAAAGAACAUCUCCAAAUGGAUUAAGGCUUACAUUGAUGUCCAACAGUAGCGUGGAACCUGAGGAUGGUUUUAAAACUACGUUGAAUCAAACCAUCCCGCAAACCUUAAUGAAUCAAUUGAGUCCCACGUGGAAUAGGCCUGGUGUGAUUUUGGAAUGUUUUGAUGGUUCUUUCCCUGCAAGGCCGAUGAGUCCUAAACCUCAAAGUCCAAGGUCAGGUUUUCGGAGGAGCUUUCGGUCGAGCAACAGAGGCAGCACUUCAUCAUGGACCUCCCUUGAUUCUAGCAGGACAGCCGAUGGUGUGUUGGAAAGUCCUGAAAGGCCAACAACAUUGAAACCAAGAGGAAGUCUUCUUCUUUCAGUGCAAUCUCUCAAUUAUGAAUGUCAGAAAGAGGACAGUGGAAUUAGCAGUCAAUCACAGACAAGUCUCAAUACGACAUCAUCAGUCAUAGACAUUGCCAAAGAUGAGGAAGUAAGUAAGCAUCCAACCCAAACCUCGCAGGAGAUGAAUCCAACUGCUUCCACGGUCCUGAGAAGCCACCAACAGAAUCAUCCGCGGCAGCGCCCAAUCUCAGACGUUGGCCAGUUGGCCUGGUUAUUUGGUCGCUCUGAACAUGAGGUGAAAUAUAAACUAGACAGUGAAGAUGAAACAGAAGAGUUAUGUUUAUUGCCUUACAAGCGAUGCAGCUCAGAUGAACUUUUGCAAGAAGAAGCGAGGAAGAGGCGGAGGAAGUUGAUUGCAGACCUAGAGAACAGCAGAGCACAGCAUGGCAGGACCACCGUUGAGGUUUGCAAUGAAGUUGGAAUAAGAUUUCCAUAUCUGCCACCUCUCUCUGCUACCUUCAAAGACAUUCCCUUCAGAUUUCUUUCCUUAUCCCAGAGCACACCAACAGGACUGGACUGUAUAGGUCGUAAACGAUGGAUGGCAACUUCUGUCAUCAAUGAUGGUGCCCUUGAUAAGAGUGCUUUUGCCGAUGAAGCUGGAAGUGAAGAGGAUUUGUAUGAGGAGUAUCGGAGUGGGAAUCACAGAUAUGGGCAUCAAGGAGGAGGUGGAGAGCAACUGGCCAUCAAUGAGCUCAUCAGCGAUGGCAGUGUGGUAUAUGCAGAGGCCCUCUGGGACCACAUCACCAUGGAUGACCAGGAGCUGGGCUUCAAAGCUGGUGAUGUCAUUGAAGUAGUGGAUGCUACGAACAAAGAGUGGUGGUGGGGACGGAUUGGGGACAGUGAAGGCUGGUUCCCUGCCAGCUUUGUGCGGUUGUGGGUCAACCAGGAUGAACCCAUGGAAGAAUAUCCUGUGAAGGUGGAAGAUGGGAAACUUGAUGACCCCAACAGUGCUAAUCGUUGCCUGGCCAAAGGCCAGUCAAAGAAAGACCAAAUGAGGACGAAUGUCAUCAGUGAGAUCAUGAGCACUGAGAAUGAUUACAUCAAGCACUUAAAGGAUAUCUGUGAGGGUUAUGUUAAGCAAUGCCAUAAAAGGACAGACAUGUUCACAGAAGAACAACUGCGCACCAUUUUUGGGAACAUUGAAGACAUCUACAGAUUCCAGAAAAGGUUUCUGAAAGACCUGGAAAAGAAAUUCAACAAAGAUGAGCCCCAUUUGAGUGAGAUUGGAUCCUGUUUUCUUGAAUUUCAGGCAGAUUUCCAGAUAUACUCAGAAUACUGCAACAACCAUCCUAAUGCUUAUGCAGAGCUCUCCAAACUCAUGAAGAUCAACAAAUAUGUUUACUUUUUUGAAGCUUGCCGACUGCUCCAGAAGAUGAUUGACAUCUCUCUGGAUGGGUUUCUGCUCACACCAGUGCAGAAGAUUUGUAAAUAUCCCCUCCAACUGGCAGAAUUACUCAAAUACACCAACCCUGAGCACAGGGAUUACAGUGAUGUUGAGGCUGCACUAAAUGCCAUGAAGAAUGUGGCCAAGCUCAUCAAUGAACGCAAGAGGCGACUAGAGAACCUCGAUAAAAUAGCUCAGUGGCAGAGUUCAAUUGAAAAUUGGGAGGGUGAGGAUGUUUUGGCACGAAGCUCGGAGCUUAUCCAUUCUGGUGAAUUGACAAAGAUUUCGCAGCCACAGGCCAAGAGUAAACAACGAACCUUCUUCCUCUUUGACCAUCAGGUGGUCUUUUGCAAAAAGGAUCUUCUACGUCGGGACAUCCUGUACUACAAAAGCAGGAUAGAUACAGACAGCAUGGAAGUGGUGGAUGUGGAAGAUGGGAAGGACAAGGACUUUAACAUCAGUGUAAAGAAUGCUUUCAAACUUCAAAACAAGUUCACAAAUGAGAUCCAUUUGUUCUGUGCAAAGAAAUCCUCAGUGAAACAACGGUGGCUUCAGGCCUUUGAAAAUGAAAGAAAACAGGUUCAACUGGACAAGGAGACAGGCUUUGCUAUCACAGAAGUUCAAAAGAAACAGGCCAUGAUGAAUGCAAAGAAAUCACAUCCAGCUGGGAAGCCAAAAGCUGUAACAAGGCCUUACUAUGACUUUCUAACAUUGAGGCAGAAACAUCCGAUGCUACCUUCAACCGUUCCCCAACAGCAGGUGUACAUGUUGGCCGAGCCCAAACGUAAGCCCUCCAACUUUUGGCAGAACAUCGGGCGACUGACACCAUUCAAGAAGUGAAGAGACAGCUUUGUGAAGAUGAUUUAACGCCAUACCAAGGGAGCACUUUAGAAACCAGUUGCAAUGGGAAUGAAUGAAUGCUCUGUGUGUGUUCAGUUAUGUAUAUAAAUGUCAACGCACGCUGUACCCCUACGUGUUGGCAAUCUUCUCAUGAGGAGAAGAUGGCAUUUCCUUCACCUGGUGACUUUGCUGGUCGGACAGCUUCCCGAUAAUCAGACCAUCAACAGUGCCAGUUACAGAGCUGCCUAAAUAUAUAUUGAUGUUGGCAACGACAGCUGAGCUCAACAUUCUCCAAAUUCCCCAGAACAAGGUUUUUCCUUUCUAUUUUAAAUGGAACGAAUCAUAACGAGAGAAGCUGCAUCUUGGCAAAGAAUACAGAUUUCUAUGGAGAAUUUGCUGUAUUUGUGAAGGUGUGCAAGCAUUAAGCAACAGCUAAACUGUACUGUGAACAAACAACUUGCCAGAGACCUCUAAAUGCUGCAGUUUGGCCUUUUGUGCUGUCACUGGAAUGAAACACUGUGUGUGCCUACGUGCAAGGGAUGAACAUUAUUAUUUAAGACACAGUGAAUUUAAAAGGAGUUAUUUCGCAAUCCUUUUGCCAAUUAUUUUUCAGUGUGGGCAAUGCCGAUUUAAUUGUGCAAGGAUGAAUUACUUGGGGCUUCUGGAUUGGAAACAUCGCUGCCUGUGAUUGCUGGGCUCCUGUCAGAGUUUGUGCCAGUAAUGAGAAAUAGAAGCAGCGGCAACAAUUAAACUGUAGGUCGACAUUCAAUGUUUUCAUCUCUAAAGCCCGGAGUUCAAAUCGACUCAAGCAGAUGGGAAAAAAAUGGUUUGUCCUUCUUGCGUUCAUGGGAUUUUAAAAAAAGAUUAGGUCACACCGUGAGGUUGAUGCUGCACUUGCAGUUGGCACUGAAAUGAUAGUGAGUAGUCACAUCCUCAAGUCUUUACAGCAUUACCUUUCCAGCAAACUAGUGAAAAGGUUAAAUUCAAUCAGUGUAUCGGAGGAGAGAGUGACAUGUCACGUUAUCAUGUCCUAAUGUUUAUAAAUGGGUUAUGUAAAUAUUAACAAAAUGAUUUAUUUAUGUAUAUUGAAUUCACUGUACUUGUACUUGCUGUUUGGCUUCUCCACAUCCUUUCCAGUACGAAUGCCUUAUUAAGGAAUGCACUUACCCAAAUGCUUGCCUUGUCCUACCCUGAACCUUCCCUGGUGUAGAAGUGAGUUUACGUCAACAUUUAUUUUACAGUGGAAGUUCAAAAAUUCCAUCUGUGAAAACUAAUUAUUAUAGUUAUAUGUCUAGAUGCUGCUGUUCCAGUUUUACAACCCAGCCUGCUCCCUAAAUUUUAAGACAACUUUACAAAUAAACUAAUAAUUUGCAGGAUGAGUUUUGAAUGACUGUAAAUAUGAAGAACGAACAUUGAUAGUUAAACAUGUUAUGUUACCUUGAGCAAUUGAUUACAAUCCCAAACUGAGAUGACAACCUGGGUUUUCAAUGAAUCCCGACGUGAACCAGUACAGUGACAAUUGGGAUUAACGCAAAAACCUAUAGAUGAUCUUAAUAUUUUCUCGUAAUCCUUGCCAAAUUAGCAAAGUGAUGGUUGUUAAGCCAUAACAAGAGAGCACAGUUAGAAAUAGGUAGAAUAGAUGUGGUGCCAUAAACAAAAUAUCCAAGCAGAUUCUAUAUAAAGGAAGGAAAUGUUAAAGUGAACCAAUUACUCAUCCGACAAAAUCCAUCUCUCCACUUUGAAUAGGAAAAUAACAUAUUGCUCCCUCUGCUUUAAAAGCUCAAUAGUUAAGUCAUUCUUAUUCCCUUUCUGCAAAGUUGCGUUGAUUAACUAUGCCAGUCAUGGGCUCUGCAAUCUUAUAAUCGGCAGAAGUUGUGGAAUCCUGAAGAACAAUGAAAAACAUUAGCAAAAUAGUCUGUGCAGUUUGUUGACCAGAGACAGUUACUUAUUUCCUGUGCCCACAGAUGCUGUUGGACCUGCUAAGCAUCUCCAACAUUUUCUAGUUUUUAUUUCAGAUUUCUAGACUGUCCAAUUUUUUUUUACCAUUCCUCAGAUGAUGCCAAUUGCAAAGACUGGAAUUUACACAAAUAAUAACCUGCAAACAAUUUGCCUAUCAAUCAUUUUAUAAGGUGACCAUGUAAUGGAAUGGGCUUCUUUGCUCUUAAGCAAUGAUUGUCUUACAACCAUGACAAAAAAACAUAAUAUUUUUUAUGGUUCUUCAUUAAAAGUCACUUACUCAUCAUUUUUUCUUUACACCAGAUAAAGGCAUAUAGCGAUACAGUAUGGAAUUUUUCUCCUCUCCCCAAAAACUUGUCCUCAGGUUCUUGAUUUCCUUACUUUGAGUAAAAGAUGCAUUCAUCUUAUCUAUAAGAUCUAUACACCUCUAUAAGAUGACCACUCAGCCUACUGCACUCUAAGAAAUAAAGUCCUAGCUUUCCCAAUCUCUCCCUAAAGCUCCAGCCCUCAAGCUCUGGCAACAUCCUCAUAAAUCUUCUCUGCACUCUUUCCAGCUUAACAACAUCCUUUCUAUAGCAGGGUGACCAAAACUGAACACAAUGUUCAAAAUGUGACCUACCAAUGUGUUUUAACUGCAAUAUGAUAUCCAUAGCAGACACAAUGGGCCAAAUGGCUAACUCACUCAGGGACGGAUUUAGAUGAAGAGAGGCCCUAAGCUAUUUCACUUGUGAGCCCCCCCCCCACCCCCAUGACUAGAGGACCAUGACUACCGGACAGUGACAGUGUGACACUUUUAGAUCCUACUGUAUGUUGUCAUUAAACAGUUGGUUUUAAAAUACAUAUUGGAUUCACCGCGGAGCGGGAGAUGCCUUACCUGGAUCGCCGUUUGAAGCUGGAGUGUUGGGCCUGUGGCAGGGAUGGGGGUUGGGGCCGGAGGAAGGCAGGUGAGUGGACUGAGGCUGAGGCGAUGUCUGGUGGAGGGGUGGUGGGUGGUCAGGGGGGAGGGGGGUAUGAGGAAUGUAGUGUGGGUGGGGAAGAGCUGGGGUCACAUGGUUUGAGGGAAAUGGAGAAUACCCAGUGGAACAGCCACUGAGAUUCCCAGGGUUAGGGGGCCUAGCACUAAGACCCAGCGCAGUCAAACCCAGGGGAGUGGGAAUCUGCAGCGUGGAAACUUCAGGCCCGGUGCUGAGUCCAGGCUGCAGGUAAGGCAACUACUGCGGACUGCUAGAGGGCGGUGGAGUGACCAGGGUCAGCGGGCAAAGAGUAGGAGGUCCCGGUGGGCGGAUGGUCAGUGAGGCAGCGAGGUGAGUAGGCCCCCAUAGAUCUGAGGCCCUAAGCUUAAGCUUGUCUAGCUUAUACGUAAAUCCGGCCCUGUACUCACUACACUGACAGAUCAAGGCCAAUGUAAUGAAAGCCUUCUUGAACACCCUGUCCAUCUGUGACACUGGUUUCAGGGAACUAUAUCCUACACUCCUUGAGAUGUUUGCUCUACAAAUGGGCCCAGCUAUUCACUGUGAGGGUCCUGCCCUGGUUUGACUUCCAAAAAUGCAACACCUUGCAUAUAUCUGCAUUAAACUCCAUUAGCCAUUCCUCAGUCCAUUUACCCAGCUGAUCAAGAUCUUGCUGUAAUUUUUUGAUAACCAUCUUCACUAUCUAUGAGGCCACACACUGCAAAUUCAUCUUCAAAAUUACUAAUCAUGCUUUCUACAUUUUCAUCCAAAUGAUUAACCAUAGAACAUAGAAAAUUACAGCACAGAAACAGGCCCUUCGGCCCACAAUGUCUGUGUCGAACGUGAUGUCAUGACUAAGUAUGAAGGGUAUCGACCCGAAAUGUCGCCUAUUCCUUCUCUUCUUAGAUGCUGCCUCACUCGCUGAGUUCCUCCAGCUUUUUUUGUUUACCUCAUGAUAAACCAAUCUAACCUGCCUGCACAUGAUCCCGGCAUGUCAUAAGGUCAUAAGUGAUAGGAAUCUGAGGGGUAACCUUUUCAUGAAAAGGGUGGGAGGUGUAUGGAAUGAGCUGCCAGAGGAGGAAGUUGAGGCAGGUACAAUCGCAACGUUUAAUAAACAUUUAAACAGAUAGGACAGAUUUGGAGGGAUAUGGGCCAAACGCAGGUAGGUGGGACUAGUGUAGCUGAGACAUGUAUAACUCUAUGAGAUAUCUUGGACUGCAGUUGCAACACUCUAUAAGGGUUUGCCCUUCAAGUGCACUGUCAAUUCGGAUUUUACAGAUAGUGCAAUUUGGAGGAACAGCCCCUCAUAUUUUGCUAGUAUUGAGUGACACUUGUUAAUACUGUCAAUCACACCUUCCACAUUUUGCUCAUGAUGGAGAUUAGAUGGAUUGAAUGGUAAUUAGCUGAAUUUAACUUGACCAUUUUGUAAACAGGAUAUACCUGGGAAUCUUCUGCAUUGUUGGGCUGAUGCCAGCGAUGUAACUGCACUGGAACGGCCUGGCUAGAACUGUGGCUAUUUCAAAUGCUUGUCACAAGAAACUGAAAAAGAGAACAAUUUUAAAGAAAUCUCAUUGAUCCAUUCGACAUUAUUGCUCAAUCCAAUUAUUUUUCGGUAACAUUUUGAGGGAUAGUCUAACUGGAGGAGAGAUGGUGCAUCUAUUUGCAACCCCUGAAGUGACACAAUAUUUCGAAACUAGCAUCUUUCAGCAAUGAAAGAUGAUUUUCUUCAUCAAGGCUGGCGUGAUGCGCUAUUAUUUAGAUUAAAGCCAUUCAGACAUUUAGCGAGACUGAAUUUAAUCAACAUUUCGAAGUUUAGAUAUAUUUACAGCUCUAACAGCAAUAUUGGGUUUUAUAUCAAGUAAGAUCUCAUUGCCUGAUAAAGUGAUAAAGUAAUGUGCCUAAAAAUUCCAGUACACUGUGAGGGGUAAACUGCAAUGGUGUAGAUGCAGACACAAUGAGGCAAUGACUGCCUGAAAUGAGGCCUUCAAAGGAAGCUCAUGCUUUGAUUUGAAAUGGUGUCACCUGCCCCAGGGAAAUCAGCAGAACUGUGGAGUGAAGUAGGGUGUUUUGUGCAGGAAUUGAGAUGCCUGUGGUGAUUCAGUGCAGUGGUACGGCCUGGUGAUUCAUGGAGGUCUUUCACGUACCUAAAGGCCUCCCCAGUCAGAUCCAUUCAGCCCAUCGUCUCCUUGAAUUACAGUAAGAUGAACAUCCCACCGGACAACAUAGUAGAAAUCUGGUGGCACAUUAGUGUGGUGGCAGAGUUGCCGCUUUGCAGCACCAGAGACCUGGGUUUAAUCCAGAUUAGGGAUGCUGGCUGUACGGAGUUUGCACGUUCUCCCUGUGACCACAUGGGUUUUCUUUGGGUGCCCCCGUUUCCUUCCAUAUUCCAAAGACGUGCAGGUUUGUAGGUUAAUUGGCAUCCUGGAAAUUGCCCCUAGUGUGUAACAUGCAAAACUGGGAAAACUUAGAACUAGUGCACAGAUCAUCGUUAAUCGGCACGGAGUUGGUGGGUCGAAGAGUUUGUUUCCACAGUAUCUCUAAACUAUACUAAACUAAACUAAAUUACCUUUGCAGUGGCCCAAAAGGAGGAUUAUCCUUGUAGCCCUCAUGUCGGAAUGACAAGAGGCUUUAGUUUCUUACUGUUAAUUUCCCAAAUGUUUCUGGUUGUGGGCUUUCAACUUUGUUAUCCUUUAUGGCUUAUGGCUGUAACACCCAGACUGAUUUUGUUGAUUUAAAUACAGGAUUAAACCACAAAAUUUGAUUCAAUCAAAAUGAGGAUGUGUUUGAACUAGUUUUAUUCAACGUGCAUUAAGGUGAAACAGCCAACUUAAAGUGAUGGUCUUCAGAUCAUUUUAGAACUUUCCAUAUUUUUUAAGCUACCUGUGAAAGAUCGCACUAUUAUUAAAGCACUGGUUCUGAAAUACAGCAUUCGGCAGCCUACGUGUUAAACAAGAUUGUGACAUGCCUUGGUACCAAUCAAGAAGCACAUGUAGUUUUAUCUGUGGUAUGGGCUCAUAUGUUUUGUGAAGUAAUGAAAAAUCGAGUGAGUCAAGCUUCCCACUGGGCCUUUAUUUGUGAGCAGCAGGGGAUGGUGAUCGCCUGUAGUUGGGAGAAGAUAUACAGUAAUUAAAUAUUUGUACAUAUGGAGGAACUGCCUAUUAUUUUUGUCUGUGGCAUUGGAUUAACUAUCAGCACUACAAUGUUUUAACAGUAUUUUUGAAACCUGCGGUGUAGCUUUCAAAUUACUAUGUUACUAAUAUAUUCAGCCCAUUCACUGUCAUCAAGAAAAGUUGUCAAUUUUUGUACAUAAAACCCAUUUGGUUUGUCAACCAAAUUUGUAGCUCUUAAGUUCCAGGAGAAAUUACGUUUAUGGACUCAAUUUUUCUUUGAUGUGUGCUAAAAGCUUGUGAUAUGCAAGUAGAAUUUACUGAAAAUUACAUGACAGUGUUUGUAAAAAGUUUCUCUUUGUACGUGGAUGGUUGUUUACAUAAACACUACAAGCACGAUAUGAGGAAUAAAAUGUUUUCAUUGUGCCAAAAAAAA